AUGUCUCUACGACUGCAGCCAGAAUUGAGCUAUCCGGAGCGAUUGGCGACCUUCGACGGCUACUGGGACGAUGCGGAAGCAUCCGCCAGACAACUUGCCGCCACUGGCCAUGUCUACGAUCGACCUCCACUCGAAGCACUAGAAGAGGGAUCCAGAUGUAUCUCAUGCGCAGCAUUUGCUCCACGUGUUGCCAGUGUCAGGAUACUCGAAGGUCCCGUUGGAGAUAAUGUUACCGGCUUCGAACGCCACCCAGCUAGAGGCUUCAAUCUCCAUCACCCACAAUGCACAUACCUUCAGUCCAGAAUCCCAUUGGAAGUCCGCGUCGAGUCUGCAGGAACAGGCGCUCAAUUCGUUGAUCUGAGAAGCAAAUUUGAGAGAAUGUCGACGUAUCAGCCUCCAGACUCUCAAGAGCAAAGUGCUACCACAGCGGCAGUCCAAACGUGCUCUUUCUUCACUCUGCCCACAGAGCUACGACUACAGAUAUACUCAUACGUCAUGCCCAAGUUAGACGCGGAAACCAAAAUAGUGCCUCUAAAUUAUUCAGGACGCAUUCUUACGGAGACAAACUUGCUGGCCACCUGCCACGCAAUCUACGAUGAAGCGAUAGAGAUGAUCUUCUCUAAUAUCACAUACCGCUUUGCGACAAGCAAGGAGCUAUACAUUUUCCUUCGACGAAUUGGUCACCGUGGCCGUCAAUUGCUCCAGACGCCAUUACCCUCGCUCUGCUAG